AUGUCUUUUGUGAUGAUUGAGCUUCCCAACUGGGAAUUAAAAGCCUCAAGACAAACUGCUUCCAUUGCUUUAUGCUUUAUAAUCUCUUUUAACCUUAUAAAUCAAACUUCAAUAUUGUGGAAAAGGAAAUGUUGGCACAUAAACACAGUUGAGCGACUUUCCAAAGGAUUCAAACCACAUGAACGAGUAAUUCCUAGAGUUUCAUUCAGUUCAUCGCAUCAGUUGGUCUUCCAUUGUCCAGUCCCUUAA